AUGAGAUGCGGCUGCGUGCGACUGUCCGAUUUGACAAGAAUUUCUUGGACAGUUGAAUGGUGUCUUAUAGCUGUUUUAUGUUCCUCAGUUACAUAUUGUCCUGUCAUACAGGCGACGCAGAUUGAUAUAGCCGUAAUUUUUAUUGAUACGGAAGCAGAUUUUACUGUCAGUAAUGUACAGACUUUGGCGCAAACAACCCAAAAUUCAUUUUCUAACAAUAUGUUACUUGGUUCUACAAUAGUCACACAUCUUUAUAGCUGCACUGACGAAUUAGACGUCAUGAAUAAAGCAGAAGGAAUAUUUGCAAAUACGGGAUAUGACGUUAUAAUUGACUUCACAUCUGAUAGAAUCAGUUCUUUAAUGUAUAUGUAUGCCGAGAUAUACCAAAAACCUUUGGUAUUCGCCAAUAGUUUCUACAGUCGGACGUGUGAUCCCUUUGUAGUGUCGAUGUAUGGUAGUUACGCAACACUGGCGGACGGAUUAGCGGAAUACCUUAGACAAUUUCGAUGGGGAAAUUUAGCAUUUGUGAUCACUGGUAAUCCACAGUGGCGACAUGUGGCAUAUGGGGUCCAAACCCAGUUACAAAAGCAUAAAUACACUGUCACACGUUCUGUUGAAAUAAACGAUUUCAAUAACAACACCAUACUCCUUGAGCAACUACAGCUUAUCAGCAGUUCAGCUAAAGGUGUGGUGUUGGCAAUGGACGCAGAGGAUGCUUACAAAGUGUUACAAUCAGCUCAACAGUGGGCAGGUCUGACGCAACAUAGCUUCUUUUUACUGGUGCGGAAUCCUUACGCUAAUAUACUGGACAUUUCAGCUGUUCUUACUCAGAACUUAAACAUAUCAGAUGCUCUUGGAGCUACUUUCUUGCUUUUUCCCACGGUGCCAAAUGUUCUUCAUAUAAACGAAAGUGGUGCUACAAUUGUUCCACAUGUUCAGACAAAGUCAUUUGCAGCAUUAGAAGAUGCAUACGUCACAAUUUUUCAGGGAUAUUCCUCUCUUUACAAUAAAUCUGUUUCUAAUAUCAAUGGAUUGACCUUGACAUCGGAAAUGAAGGUCGUCAACUCUGACCUUUCAGGACGAUCGGUACAGUUUGAUGUUGAAUCAUGCUCAAGAUACCUCGAGUUUGCAUUGUAUGACUUCCGGAUAUCGGAUUCAGAUUUUUCAGUGGCACGUCAUAUCUGGCAAGGCUGCAAUAGUGCAUGGUGCUCAAAAGUUUUCUCCAGUAUUGAAUGGCCGAAAGGCGUGGCGUUGCCUGGUGACGCAUGCUUCCUACAACCAAACUGUGCCCCUACAGAAUCAGGAGUCAACAUCGUGCUUGCUGUCGCCAUUCCAUUGACCUUAGUUACUAUUGGCGGAGUUGUAGCCAUGGUCCUAUUUCUACUAUGGAGGCGGAAAAACAAGAGAUUGAUGACAAAAGGACCUAAUAAGGUACUUCUAGAACCGGAUGAUCUGACGUUUCUACACCGAAAGGAUAUCAAAACGUCUAAGCUCACCAAUGGCGGUUUCCUUGAUCCACCAGACCUAUUAAAGGCAUCCGAGAAGUCCAACCGAUCUCUCAUCAGUCUCCACGAGUGGACAGAGUUUUCUGAAAUUGCACGAUACAAGGGAGACAUAGUGUAUAUAAAAGAAUUGAAGUAUAAAGGAUUGGAAAUGAAGGGGAAAAUUCUUGCGUACACAAGAACACUCCGAGACAUCCGCCAUGAAAAUGUGAACCCACUAUAUGGAUUUUUAAAUGACCCAAUCCGACCUGCACUUGUUUCUGAGCAUUGCAAUAGGGGCAGUCUGCAGGACGUCCUGAACAACGAGAAUAUCAAACUCGACUGGGAUUUCAAAGCAUCUUUAUUGACGGAUUUAGUAAGGGGACUGCGUUACAUUCAUACGUCGCCAAUCCAUUUCCACGGAAGCCUGAAAUCUAGGAACUGUGUUGUUGACAGUCGUUGGGUACUGAAGCUUACAGACUUCGGAAUGAUAGGCUUCCGGGAAAGAGCCAAGCUCAAUAUAGCAUCAGAGGCAGGUGAUCUUCUGUGGACAGCCCCUGAACAUGUCAGGGAUCCGUAUCCUUGCUCUAAGGGAUCGGAAAAGGGCGAUAUGUAUGGAAUGGCCAUUGUAAUGCAGGAAGUCAUUCUCCGAAAACGACCAUUUGGUAUGGUUGAUUUAACGGAAGAAGAGAUUAUUGAGAAGAUAAGAAAACCUCCUCCACUUCUCCGACCGUCUGUAUCGCCGCAGGCCGCACAACCCCAAUAUAUUCAGAUUAUGAAGCAAUGCUGGUCAGAGAACCCUGAUAUGCGACCAUCUAUUGAGGAUGUUUAUCAACAAUUCAAAUCUGUCGCCGGUGGGAAGAAGAUGAACAUAGUGGAUUCGAUGUUCAGGAUGCUGGAGAAGUAUUCAAAUGACCUUGAGGACAUUGUUAAAGAAAGAACAGUCCAGUUAGAGGAAGAGAAAAAAAAGACGGAUGUCCUUUUAAAUCGGAUGUUGCCAGCAGUGGUCGCAGACGGUUUGAAGAGUGGACAAAAAAUCAAUGCCGAGACAUUCGAGGAGGUAACGAUAUAUUUCAGUGAUGUUGUGGGUUUCACCACAAUUUCGGCUAUGAGCACUCCUAUGCAAGUGGUUGACCUUUUGAAUGACCUUUACACAGCGUUUGAUGCAUGCAUAGACAACUACGAUGUGUACAAGGUCGAGACAAUAGGGGAUGCGUACAUGGUAGUGAGCGGUCUUCCAGUGCGAAACGAGAACAGACACGCUGGAGAAAUCGGCACCAUGGCGCUCGACCUCCUCAGCAUAUGUGGGACAUUCAAGAUACGCCAUAUGCCCGAAGUGCCUUUGAGACUGAGAAUCGGCCUACAUACUGGUUCUUGUGUUGCUGGAGUGGUAGGUUUGACUAUGCCCCGGUACUGUUUAUUUGGAGAUACCGUUAACACAGCCUCACGGAUGGAGUCCACUGGAAGUGCUUUCCGAAUACACAUUAGUCUGCCGACCAAAAAGGUACUGGACGACCUCGGAGGAUAUCAAUUAGAGUAUCGAGGAGAGGUGGAACUAAAGGGCAAAGGACUGGCAAAGACGUAUUGGCUUGUAGGCAAAGAUGGAUUCUCCAAACCACUGCCAGAGCCGCCACCGAUGAACGAUGAAAGCAAUCAUGGCCUUGAAUCUGUGUUAAAGGCGCAGAAGCUCCAAAACUUACAGAAUUCAAACGCAACAGCAGAGAGCAGCACACCCGAACAGUCCUCGUCUACAACAUCGAAAGCGGAAACAAAUAACAUUACUGUCACUGAAUUACAAUGUGCGUGUUGUGACCAGCCAAAGUCAUCGCCGAAACGUGAUUCACAGGCCUAUGAUAGUAAUGACAACCAGAAAGGUAAAAGUGGGUCAUCACAGGCAAACAAGAUACGGGUGAAUUGUGAUAUUUGUAUGACAGGUAACAAUCAAAUUAAUUCAACAGCAACUUCAAAGGACGGAAUCACACCUGUUGCAAACGUAUGA